UUCGAGAAUGAUGAACAUGAUUGAACGAAAGAUGCUGCUCCUCUGGCCUGUCUCAGCCUCGAUCCUCAUUUCCGGGGGUUCCUCCUCCUCUCAUAUGAGCCAGCCUGCCCGUUGCACCCUCUUCCGCUCGGUUCCACGGCUCGUCCUAUUCUACAGCGUCGUGAGCAGACGUUGUGUGCUCUUCUUUGGUUCCCUUUCGCGCCAUCAUGGCUAGCCUACCGUUCUUUCGACUGUCGGACCUUCUGCUAAUCAUCACUACUCUCGUCCUUCUUCACGCUCGGUCAGCCUUCGCGAAGGCAUGCUUCGAUGUAAAUGGAGACCAGACCAACGGACUACCGUGCGAGCCAGAUUCUACUGAAGAUGGACCUUGCUGUUCCUUCGGAGAUAUUUGCCUCAGUAAUGGGCUCUGCCGACCUGGACCAGAUAUAGUGAACCACGGCUACGUGGAUACCUAUCGAUCCGAUUGUACUGAUCAGACAUGGACUACAUCGAACUGCUUCUCUGGCUGCAACAACUUCACGGGCAACGGCCUCCAGAACUGCGGCGGCAACGAAUACUGCUGCUAUGACUUGGACGGAUGCGAUUGUUCCUCCACCUCCCUCUUCGACCUUGGUCCCGCCACCUUUGUCACCACCCUUCCAUUGACCACUGUGGCUCCUACGAGUACGCCGGCGAGCACUUCGGCAUCAACAACAGCAGACGCUGCGCAAGUCACAUCACAGCCACCAUCGUCCUCGUCCGCGAGCCCAACGCCGACUCAGACGGCGUCUAAAUCAUCGAGCAACGAAGUCGCAAUCGGCGCUGGGGUCGGUGUUGGUCUUGGAGUGCCUCUCCUUGCACUUGCUGGGUUCAUGGCGUACUACUUCCUCAGGAGGAGGAAGCGCUCACAGCCACCCCCGUAUACUGGCACACCGUUCACUGGUAGUCAGAUGAAGCCCGCUGAGCUACACACUCAAGAACCUGUACACGAAGUAGCUGGGUAUCCAGGCGCAUACCAACCGGUGCCGCACAUGAGCGAACGGUACGCCCACGAGCGUCCGCUGCAGUCACCACAAGAAAUGGACAACACCUACGCGAAGCCGCUCCACCCCUAACGAGUGACGUCAUUUCUCACGGGUCGAGGGGGCAAGAUGGAAAGAUAAUGUAAGAACACAAUGAGAUUUGCAUAGCCUGGAGUUUGGGGAGACAUGGUCAUGAAUCUGCUUCAUUGAGAGGAGGGGCCUUAGUAAAUGCUCUCGAGGGUUUGAAAAUGGACUGGCGUUUCUUGAAGCCGUCGCACUAUUCAAAUUAUAUAUCCUGUUCGUAUGCC